AUGUCAGGCGUGACAACUACAAAGAAUGCAGCAGCAGGAUUCCAUGAGGAGAACCUGGUCUUGUGCUCUCUGGACCUCUUUAUAGCUGGGACUGAGACCACCACCACCUCUCUACGCUGGGCUCUCUUCUACAUGAUCAAAUACCCAGAUAUACAGAAGAAGGUCCAGGCUGAGAUAGACAGAGUGAUCAGAAAGGAACGGCAACCUUCAAUAGCAGACAGAGUGCAUCUUCCCUACACUGAUGCUGUGAUCCAUGAGGUCCAGAGGAUGGGCAAUAUUGUUCCCCUGAAUGUGCCCAGGAUGACCACUAAAGACACUACACUGGGAGGUUACUUUAUUUCUAAGGGUACAGCAGUGAUAACCAAUAUAUCCUCAUUGCUUUUUGACAAAAAUGAGUGGGAAACACCUGACACAUUUAACCCCAAGCACUCUGGAAAAUUUCGGAAAAGAGAUACUUUUCUUCCAUUUUCAGCAGGAAAGAGGGUGUGUCUGGGGCAGCAGCUCGGUCGGAUGGAGCUGUUCAAGUUCUUCACUUCAUUUCUGCAAAAGUUCACCUUCUGUGCUCCUCAGGGGGUAGAUGUCAGUUUGCAUGCUCAAAUGGGAUUCACUCUGUCUCCACGACAUUUUAAAAUAUGUGCCAUCCCUCGAUAAGCCAAUUAAUUAUUCGUCUGGAGG